AUGGAACCAAAUACUGAUGGUACGGGUACAAGUAAGAACAUCAUGCUGGAUACUAAGAGAUAUGGGUAUUGGAAAGUUCGAAUGACACAACUCAUCAUAGGCCAAGGAGAAGAUGCAUGGACAGCUGUAGAAGAAGGUUGGGAACCUCCGUUUGAUACAACAGAAGAUGGAGUUAAAAUCCCAAAACCUAAAGCCAGAUGGACGAUUGACGAGAAGAAUCUGUCAAAAUUCAACGCAAGAGCCAUGAAUGCCAUUUUCUCUGGUGUGGAUGAAGAUGAGUUCAAACUCAUUCAAGGAUGCAAGUCUGCAAAACAAGUCUGGGAUAUUCUCCAACAAUCUCAUGAAGGAACGUCAACUGUUAAGAGAACGAGACUUGAUAUGUUAGCUACUCAGUUUGAGUGUCUGAAGAUGGCUCAAGAUGAAACAAUAGUGAAGUUUAGCUCAAAACUCAGUGCCAUAACAAAUGAAGCUGAAGUGCUUGGAAAGACCUACAAGGAUCAAAAACUGGUGAAGAAACUGUUGAGGUGUCUUCCAUCCAAAUUUGCUGCUCACAAGGCUGUAAUGAGGGUAGCUGGCAACACUGAGUCAAUGACUUUUUCUGAACUGGUCGGCUUACUAAAAUCUGAAGAAAUGGAAGCUGAUGAAGACAAAGCCAAACCAAAUUUUGGUAAAGCUUUAAAAAAGGUUGAGAGAAACAACAACAGAGAUACGCGACGUUGGAGUACUUCAGAAGGAGACAAACCAGUUGGUAGAUCAUCACAACCAGAUGUUGACUAUUCUGCUAAGAGAAAGGAGAUUCAGUGCUACGAAUGUGGAGGCUAUGGUCAUAUCAAACCUGAAUGUCUUGUAACCAAACGGAAUGAGUUGAAGUGUCUUGAGUGCAAAGGCAUGGGACACACAAACGACUCCGAGUCUGAUGAGGAAGGGGAAGAACUGCUCAACUUUGUUGCUUUUACAGUCAAUGGAGAUAAUGUUCAAAUAGGAGCUGAUUAUGACUCAGAGAGUGACGAAGAAAUCAAUCCUAAGGAGGAAUACAGAAUUCUGUAUGACAGUUGGGUACAUCUAAGCAAGGAUAAGCUUAAGCUUAUUCAAGAAAAGCCCACUUUGGAAUCUAAACUUGAAUCAGCCUAUGAAGAUGCAACGGAAAAGGUUAACCAUACCCCACUCAAGGCUAAUGAUCAAUCAACUGAAGGACUUCUUCAUAAACUGAGCAACCUUCUAGAAGAAUAUUACAAAGAAAAGGGAAGAGCCACAGUGCUUGAAAAGGAGUUGAAUGAGAAACACAAGCAGAUCAGGAUGCUGAACAGUGGAACUAAGGAUCUAGACAAGAUUCUGCCCAUGGGAAGAAUAGAUGCCACACACAGAGGUCUAGGUCACCUAGAAAAAGAAGCAGAUAUCUCUACUAACUUGACGAAAGAAAUUUCAGUGAUAAAGAGAUCAGAGAAAAGGCAGAAUCAUUCGUUGAAGGACUAUCACAAGAGGGUCAUAAGGAGAAGAACUUAUGGGUGUGAUCACUGUGGUGGCAAUCAUCAAAGAGGACAUUGUUACAGUUUCAGGAAGAAGAUCAAUCUGUUGUGGAAUCUCAAUAAGUGCUACUUGGAGCCAGCGAAGUUCUGCUCUGUGUGGAUCUCCAAGAAAGACUUGUACAGUGAUCUAUAUACAGAAAAAUCGAAUCUCAACCUAAUGAAGAUGUAUGAUGAGGAUGAUGAGAUUUACUCAAGAGGCAAUCUCAAAACUCUCCCUGCUGUUUCUGGAGAAGACUCAACCGAGAAUAUCAGCUUAAGUUGUAAUCCAAGCCUGAUAGAACUUGAGGAGGAUGACGUAGAAACCAAUGUAGCAUACACAUCUACAGAUUCAUCUGAAGUCAAAACUCUUGGUAUUUUGAUAGUGGAUGCUCAAGACAUAUGA